AUGUAUGUAGGAGGGACAGCGAGCCGUGGGGUCAUGGACAGCCUGCAGAGGUUCUCCUCGCUGCCCACCUACCUCCCCGCCAGCUUCAACAUUGAGAGCACUGAGCAGUCCUUCUUCCUCAAGGAGGCCAACCAGGACCUGACGCGCAACUCCAGCCUGCAGACGCGGGUCGAGGCCUUCCUCAUCUCCCGCGCCAGGACGCCUCCGCUGGUCAACGUCAGCUACGGCCCCUUCACAGUGCAGAAGAUGGUCCCGCAGGAGCUCAUGCUGACGGCCACGUCCUUCAGCUCCGAGAGGUUCCCCUUCAGCUGGAAACUGAAGUCCCACAUCCUCGACAGCUCCAUCUACUCCAACAGGCCCAAGGUGCAGACCCUGUUCUACGUCACUGGGACAGACUGGGACAGCGGUGAGCCUGCAGAAAGCCUGCCCUGUGUCAGGAUGUUCGCCUACCCUGAGGCCAGGGAGGUGGUGGCCAGCUGCCGCCUGCAGGGGGACCCGGGGCUGUGUGUGGCUGAGCUGGAGCUGCUACCUGAGUGGUUCAGCUCCGGCCUGGACCUGGAGCCAGAGGAGGAGGUCCCGGCCAUGCUGGGCGGCACUGCCAUGGAGCUCUUCUUCACCGUCCACCCAGCCGACGAGGCGGGCCAGUGCCCCCUUGAUGAGGAUGCCAAGUGGGAGAACAACAUCCACUCGGGCCAGGAGAGCCCCCAGCCCGUGCUCCCUGCCCGGGAGAGGAUUGGGAGUGUCGUGGUCUACCCCACCCAGGAUGACCUGAGGUGGUCACUGCUGAGCCUGGAUGAGAACGUGGUCAUCUCGGUGCCCCUGAACCUCAUCCGCGAAGGGGACACGGCCACCUUCCUGGUGUCACUCAACAGUGGCUCCGUGGCGGACCACUUCACGCUCAGGAUUAAGGCCGCGGCAGGAGUGAAGAUAACGUCGGUGAGAGUCAGCAGUGAGGAUCAGUGGGCCGUCCAGGAGGAGGUAGACAACAGCAGUGAGCAGACCACGGCCACCCUCACCUGCGUGGGCCACCGCCCAGACACACAGAGCAGGGCCAAUGGCUCCAUCUAUGAGAUCCUGCAAGUGGACUUUGGAGUGGACAACAGCAGCAGCCUGGCUGGGGCCCAGCAGAUCACCUGGCAGGUGGAGUACCCGGUGGAGGACACCCUGAGUGAGCUGGUCGUCUCCGAGAUCUUCAUCAGCCAGACCACCUUUGUGGGCAUUGUCCCUCUUGCAAUGGAUGCCGAGGUUCUGAACACGGCCAUCCUCACCGGAAUCCCCGUGUCUGUUCCCGUCAGAGUCGUCGGCGUGGAGGAGGACGGCUCCGUGGUGGACGUGUCGGGCUCCGUGGAGUGCAGGUCGGCAGACGAGGAUGUCAUCAAGGUCUCCAACCACUGUGAUUCCAUUUUUGUGAAUGGGAAGGAGAUGAAGAGCAGAGUGGACACAGUUGUGAACUUCACCCACCAGCACUUCACCUCCCAAUUAGAAGUCACCGUGUGGGUGCCCAGGCUCCCCCUUCAGAUUGAGAUCUCGGACACGGAACUGAGCCAGAUCAAGGGCUGGAGGAUCCCAGUGGCCCCCAGCAGAAGACCCACCCGGGAGAGUGACGAUGAGGAAGAUGAGGAGAAGAAAGGCCGGGGGUGUUCUCUCCAGUACCAGCACGCCACGGUCCGCGUUCUGACCCAGUUUGUGGCAGAGUCCCCAGAGAUGGGUCAGUUGACCUACAUGCUGGGCCCUGACUGGCAGUUUGACAUCACAGACCUUGUGACCGAUGUCAUGAAGGUGGAGGAACCGAAAAUCGCCAGGUUACAGGAUGGUAGGACCCUGGUUGGUCGGGAGCCGGGCAUAACAACCGUGCAGGUCCUCUCGCCUCUCUCUGACUCCAUCCUGGCUGAGAAGACCGUGAUCGUCCUAGAUGACCGUGUCACCAUCGCAGAGCUGGGCGUGCAGCUGGUGGCUGGCCUGUCUCUCUCCCUGCAGCCUCACAGAGCAGAGAGAAGAGCCGUCGUCUCAACAGUGACUGCCCACGAUGUUCUUCAAGCCCCACAGCAGGAAGCAAUAGUCAGCUCUUGGAUUUUGUUCAGCGAUGGUUCGGUGACACCUCUAGACAUUUAUGAUCCCAAGGAUUUUUCAGUGACUGUCUCGUCGCUGGAUGAAAUGGUGGUGUCCGUGCAGCCAAACCUUCAGUCCAAGUGGCCAGUUGUCAUUGCAGAGGGCGAAGGACAAGGACCUUUGAUUAAGUUAGAAAUGAUGAUAAGUGAACCUUGUCAGAAGACCAAGAGGAAGAGUGUUCUUGCUGUGGGUAAAGGGAAUGUCAAGGUCAAGUUCGAAUCAAGUGUGGGUGAGCACCAAGGAGGCACCAAUGACAUUGAGGGUGUGAGUCGGGAAUACAAAGACCACCUGAGCAAUUCCAUUGAACGUGAAGGGAACCAGGAGAGGGCGGUUCAGGAGUGGUUCCAGCACGGCGCGGCCGCUGGCCACGAGGAGGGCAGCGACAAGAGCACAACCCUGCAGUCCCCCACGGAAGGCAAGGAGAAGAAGCUCCUCAAGGGUGGGGGUCCGGACGCCUUCACCAGCUUCCCCACCCAGGGCAAGUCGCCAGAGCCCAACCAUCCUAGUGACCUCACCGUGACCUCCCGGGGCCUCACGGACCUGGAGAUCGGCAUGUACGCCCUGCUCUGUGUCUUCUGUCUGGCCAUUCUGGUCUUCUUAAUCAACUGCGUGGCGUUUGCUUGGAAAUACAGACACAAAAGGUUUGCCGUGAGCGAGCAAGGCAACAUCCCUCAUUCCCACGACUGGGUCUGGCUUGGGAAUGAGGUGGAGCUGCUGGAGAACCCCGUUGACAUCACACUCCCGUCCGAGGAGUGCACGACCAUGAUAGACAGGGGGUUGCAGUUCGAGGAGAGGAACUUCCUUCUCAACGGCAGUUCCCAGAAGGCUUUCCACGGCCAGCUGCUCAGACCUUCUGAUUAUGUCUUUGAGAAAGACAUGAAAAGCGAGCCUAUCAAUCCGCCAGGCCCAAAGAGGAAGAGGGUCAAGUUUACUUCCUACACGACCAUUCUCCCCGAGGAUGGUGGCCCCUACACCAACUCCAUCCUGUUUGACAGUGAUGACAACAUCAAGUGGGUCUGCCAAGAUAUGGGGCUGGGGGACUCCCAGGACUUCAGAGACUACAUGGAGAGACUGCAAGACCAGAUGUAAACUCCUUUCUUAUGUUUGUAUUCACCUUUAUGCCUUCUGUUUUCUGAAUGGUGGAGCCGUCAGUUUGAUCAGCAAUAGGGGAUGACUUAACAAAGCUUAAUUUGUGG